ACUACUCCUGUAACGUGUGCUCAACUACCUUGGCUGAAACAGGUUGUCGUGCCGAUUCAAGAAAAAUCGAUCCAUCCGUAAAUAUCCAAUUUGGCGUCUGUUUUAUUUAUUGUUUGUAGAAAUAUCGUCACAUGGAUCGCCUGUCUUCAUUUGGAAAUGACCCCUUCGACAAACCACCAUGCAGAGGCUGCUCAUCCUACCUAACGGAGCCUUACAUCAAGUGUGCUGAAUGUGGACCUUCUCCUUUCUUACUCUGUCUCCAGUGUUUUACCAGAGGAUUUGAAUACAAGAAACAUCAGAGUGAUCACAAGUAUGAAAUCAUGACAUCAGACUUCCCGGUUCUGGAGCCCGGUUGGACGGCGCAGGAGGAGCUGGCGCUGCUGGAGGCCGUUAUGGACUGUGGCUUUGGCAACUGGCAGGAUGUCUCCUACCAAAUGCGCAGCAAAAGCAAAGAGGAGUGCGAGAGCCACUACAUGAAGAAUUUUAUCAACAACCCGCUCUUCUCCUCCACCCUGCUCAGCCUGCGCAAAACUAAAGAUGCUUGCUUUGCGGAUGGUGCCAUUCCUUUCAAACCAACUGAUGAGCCCCCUCGGCCCACCUUUGACUCUGUGCUGUCACAAGACAUGGCGGGAUACAUGCCUGCUCGUGCAGACUUCAUGGAGGAGUUCGACAACUACGCAGAAUGGGAUAUCAAGGACAUUGAUUUUGUGGAUGAUGACUCAGACAUCCUGCGAGCACUCAAGCUGGCAGUGGUUGAUAUAUACUAUUCAAGAUUAAAGGAGCGACAACGCAGGAAGAAAAUUAUUCGAGACCAUGGACUGAUCAACAUGCGCAAAUUCCAGGUUCUGGAGCGUUGCUACCCGAAGGAGGUGCAGGAGCUCUAUGACGUCAUGAGACGAUUUGCACGAGUCACUGGACCUGUUGAACACGACAAGUUCAUUGAGAGUCACGCACUGGAGUUUGAGCUGAGGCGGGAGAUCCGCAACCUGCAAGAGUACAGGAAAGCCGGGAUCAAGUCUUUCUGCAGCGCCAAAGUGUACGAGCGGGUGAAGCGGCUGCGCGAGGACGAGCGCAGGAAGAGGACCAUGUUGUGCGACGUGCUGCAGUACAUCCAGGACGGCAGAGCAUGCCAGCAGUGGCUCAGCAAACAGGCCGCCAUAGAUGCUGGCAUCACACCGGCUGUCACUACAAUCACAACAUCAGCAACAGGCAGGCGGAGCGCCCCUCCCCUCAACCUAACCGGGCUGCCCGGGACGGAGAAGCUCAAUGAACGAGAGAAAGAGUUGUGUCAAGUGGUACGCUUGGUGCCAGGCGCUUACCUGGAGUAUAAGCAGGCGCUGCUCAACGAGUGUCGGCGUCAGGGCGGUCUACGUCUUGCUCAGGCCCGAGCGCUCAUCAAGAUCGAUGUCAACAAGACGCGCAAAAUCUACGACUUCCUGAUCAAGGAGGGAUACAUCACCAAGGCGUAGGAGCCUACGUGUGUGUGUGUGUGUGUGUACUGUCUGUGUGUAGUUUGUGUGACUAGUGUUUUUUUGCUCUGUGUUACGUGUAUUAAAGUGAUACGUUUGGAACACGAGUCAAAAGAGAUGGAUUUAUUUCUAGGAGUGUACCGAUCCAAUAUUGCCAUCGGUCCGAUAUCAGCCAAAAAACAGAUUAUAUUGGCUUGCUUCUAAAAUCUCAGCUAUUGGAAUCCUGAUACAAGCAGUCUAUUCCAUUAUGCUUAUUGUGGAUGAAACGAUACACCACAUGCAGCAACUAAAUGGGUGAGUUUUUCACAUUCCUACUGUUGCUAUUACACUCUGGUUGAGUAAUAUCACUUCAAGCCUUUUGUAACAUUCCACCCUCCUAAACAAGUAAAAGUAUGUAUGAUCGGUGCUGAUAUUGGAUUGAUAUCCGUACUCCCCAAUAUUCAAGGCUGCAAUAUCGGGAGUGAAAAAGUUGUAUCGGGACACCCGGAUUUAUUUCUGCUGUCAUA